GGCAUCUAACCUAUUUAAAAUUUUAAAUUUUAUAAUCCACCUUAAAAUAACCUUAUGGACUUGUUAAACAAAGGAAUUGAAUUCAUAAAGCACAGCGAUGCUAAGAAAUGUGAUAAAUGUAAAUGCGAUAAAAAUAAGUGUGGUUGCUGUGAUAAUCAUGAUGUGGUAACUAGGUUGCAACAUAUGUGUAGUUUGGACAUCAGACAUCCACCCAGUAUUAUAAGAAAAACUUCUGUCAUUUGCACUAUAGGCCCUGCCUGUAAAGAUUUAGAGAUGUUAAAAAAGAUGAUCAAAUCAGGAAUGAAUGUAGCUCGAAUGAAUUUCUCUCAUGGCACACAUGAGUAUCAUGCUGGGACAAUAAAGCUUGUAAGGGAGGCUAUUGCCUCCUUCGAUCCCCCAGCUCCUGUAGCCAUUGCCCUUGACACAAAAGGACCAGAAAUUCGAACUGGGAUGGCAUCUGGAGGGGAAAUAGUAUUGGUAGCUGGUGACCCUAUCAAAAUCAGCACAGACAAAGCUCAUUUUGAAAAUGGCACUAAAGAUCAAAUCUACAUGGAUUAUGUAAAUUUGCCCAAAGUGAUCUCUCCUGACCACAAGAUUUUUAUUGAUGAUGGACUGCUCUCUCUAAAGGUUGUGAAAGUGCACCCUGAUAAAGGCACAGUGGAAUGUGUUGUAGAGAAUGGAGGCAAAUUGGGAAGUCAAAAGGGGGUAAAUCUUCCCGGAGUACCAGUGGACUUGCCUGCAGUUUCUGAAAGGGAUAAACUAGAUUUAUUAUUUGGUGUUCAAAAUAAGGUGGAUAUGAUAUUCGCUAGCUUCAUAAGGGACGCCCAAGGUGUGAAUGAUAUAAGAGCUGUAAUGGGAGAUAGUGGAAGAGAUAUCAAAAUUAUUCCCAAGAUUGAAAACCAUCAAGGAAUUUUUAACAUAGACGAGAUCAUUGCUGCAUCAGAUGGUAUAAUGGUGGCAAGGGGGGAUAUGGGUAUCGAAAUUCCACCCGAAAAGGUGUUUUUAGCUCAAAAGAUGAUAAUAGGGAAAUGCAAUAUUGCUGGAAAGCCUAGUAUUUGUGCUACUCAGAUGCUUGAAAGCAUGGUCAACAAUCCUCGCCCUACCCGUGCCGAGGUUAGCGAUGUAGCGAACGCGGUUCUAGAUGGUGCUGAUUGUACAAUGUUAUCGGGCGAGUCGGCCAAGGGUAAAUACCCUCUCCAAACUUUACAAAUGAUGUGCCAGAUAAACAAGGAAGCCGAAGCAGCAGUAUUUCACAAACAAAAAUUCCAGGAUUUGGUGAGCCAAUGCAAAGUACCCACUGAAACGACGGAAUGCGUCGCUAUCGGAGCCGUAGAGGCCUCUUUCAAGGCUAACGCCAAAGCUAUCAUAGUGCUUACUACGUCUGGAAAGAGUGCACAACUGAUAUCAAAAUACAGACCAAAAUGUCCUAUUUACGCAGUUACCAGGGUAUGGAGUGUGGCCGCAAAUCUCAAUCUCUACUGCGGUGUUAUACCAGUUUUCUGUCCAACUAAAAAGGAAGGCGACUGGAUGAAGGACGUUGAUUGCAGAGUGAAAAUGGCCAUAGAUAAGGCUAAAUGUCAAGAAGACGAAGAACACAGACAUAUCUUGAAGGCUGGGGACACCGUUAUUGUAGUCACUGGCUGGCAAGCUGGCUCUGGCUUUACCAAUACCAUGAGACUCGUCAAGGUCCCUUAAAGAAUGCCCCAGGAUUUUCGAUCAAUUCAAUUACAAUUUGUCAAACAAUUAAAUUACUUUUUUUCCCUUAAAUUAAGAGACUUAUUUAAAAUUUCUUCCAUCGUUCUAGUCAUAAAUUACGUGAAAUUUAACUCUAUUAUCGAAUUUAUUAAUUUCGUGAUCCUGUUUAAAUAGUAUCUUAUAAAUAUUAAUAAGGUAAAAAAGUUUCAUAUUUUACAUUAACUGUUUUUUUUAAAAUAAAUUAUAUUCAAAAUUUUAGUCCUUAUUUUGUGUGAUAAAACUUUUGUGCCAAUA